CACAACACUCUCUCGUCUUCAUAAUUCUCACUUGCUCAUUCCUCAACUCCUCUAAUCAGAAUGGAUCAAUCCGAAAACAAUUCCUUUUCCGUGGAAAAACCUUUACAUACUUCAUCAGGUCCCUACACGAGUCCGCCGCCGAUUGGUUACCCGACUAGAGAACCGAUGGUUGGUGACCCUCCGGCAGGACCAGUGGAAACAACUUCCAGGGGCGUUCCGAACGCAGAAGCCCUAGACAGCGCAGUGCAAAAAGGAAGUUCUUUUUGCUGUAGUUUGUCUACGCUUUGGGGUUGCUGCUGCGGAGACGACGCGGCAACAUGAGACCGAAGUCGCUUGACCAAACCAGGAAAAAAAAAGCACUUAUAGAAGAUCCAUCAAUAUAAUAUAUUAUCUUGACUUAGAGUCUUCCAAGUCUCAAGAUAUUAUAUGUACGUAUUUUAUUGUUUAAUCCGUUUGUAAGGAGUCUCACGUUGUAUUGUUUAAAGUUUAUUUGCAAGUUUUACAUAUAUCUGUAAUGUUUUUUUUUUUUGUGUA